AUGAUGUGCUAUGUGGGCAAGGCAACCAAGAUCUUCAUCUUCAUUGUGACAGUGGUGGUAGUGACUGGUCUUGUCUUGGGAUUUGGGUUACUCAAGCAUGCAAUUCAUCACAAGACCCAAAAAUGUACAGAUGAAUCUUGUCUACAAUACACCGCCCCAGUAAUCUUCGUUCCACCACCGCCGCCGCAGCCACCAGGUGAUAAUCCUAGCCCAAAUGUUCCUAAUCCCAUAUCUCCUCCACCACCACCACCACCACCACCACCACCCAGUGACAGUCCUGGCCAAAAUGUUCCUAAUCCAUCUGUAUCUCCUCCUCCUCCACUUCCUCCACCACCGCCGCCAGCAGUGUCUUUGCCGCCGCCGCCAGCAGUAUCUUUGCCGCCGCCUCCGCCAUCAGUAGUGCCACCACCAGCAGUCAGUCCUCCUAGCCCAGUGACCCCGGGUCCAGUGAAUUUUUAG